AGCCCGGAAAAGAUAUAUAUUAAAGUGAUAGAGCUUGAACCAAAAAUCACAUCACUAGGCGAUAAUCUCGAUGUGUCGUUACAGAUGCAGAGGGAACACGAUGAGACUCUUAGGAAUAUACAGAAUUUACCCGGACCUAUGGAUGAAUUUGUACAAAAAGCGGAUAAAUUGCUCGCCAGUAAACGAAUAAGUUCAGAACUAGUCAACGCCAUGGCAGAAACAUUAAACAUAAUCUGGUGUGAUAUAUUGCAUCUAAUGGAAGAUCGUCAACACAUAUUACAUUUGUGUUCGCAAUUUCAAGAGAAAAUGACAUUGUGUCAGCGACGCAUGGACCAGCUUGAAGUCGCGUGUAUUGAUACAAUGGUGCCGAUUGAAGUGCCAGCAGUACAAGAGUUCCUCAACAAAAUCAAGCAGCUGCGAAUUGAUAUGCUAACAGCAGUAAUGGCAGCAUUAAAAGAUGGCAACGAGUUGCUGGCACAACUCCAAGAACUAACACAACUAGAAACGCUCGACACGAGACCAGAACACAUAAAACGUGAUGCCACGCGUGCUGUCCAUCAAGUACAGCAAUGGCUGGAGGCGCUACACGAUCGACGCAAUGCACUCGAAAUAGCGUGGCAGACACGCAAAACACAACUGGAACAAUGCUUAGCGUUAGCGUUGUUGGCGAAGGAACUGGACGAAUUGGAAAUUGCUUUGCGACAACAACGCAAUGAAGUUUCUAGUAUGUUUAGUUUAGGUGAAUGUGAACAUACCGCAAACAAUGCGUUGCACAAUUAUCGAGAAUGGAAGCAGCAAGCUUUAUUGUUGCGAGAUCGAGCACUUAAAAUAACACGCGCUAAAGAAAAGCUACAAGCAUCUGGCACGUUCACUGGUGAUGAGGCUUGUGCAAGAGCUUAUAAUGUGUUAAGUGUUUGUACGGAGCAUUUAGAUUUGGUAGAUCAACGCGAACACUGGUUGCAGCAGUCUCGUGAAUUCUUCGCUAAAGCAGAGAAGACACUGAUCGUUUUAGAAAAACUGGAAGUAGAAUUAUCGAACAUUAAAUUACCACCAACCUCACCGGAAAGUUAUGCAAUGUAUGCAAAAGUGUCACGAGAUGUACGUAACUUCACCGAGGAACCAUUACGCCUUGGUUACGGUAUUUUAGAUGAAGUUGGACGUACCCAACCUGAAACAUUAGGUGUUAAACGUGUGUUAGAUGAAAUUGAAAAUCGCAAAGUGUAUAUUGAAAGUAUUUGUGCGGCUAGCAAUGAAGAUCAACAACGUGUACAAAAAGCUUUAUCGGAAUUCUUACAGCAAUAUAAUGAUCUACUGACAUGGCUACUGUCUUCAGGUCAAACAUACCUACAACAGCACGUUGAAAUGGGCCGCAGUUUAGAAGAAAGUAAACAGUUUUUAUUACAACAUCAUGAAUUAAUGCAAGAUUUAGAGAUCAAAGGGGAACUUAUUAAUUUGCUGCUUGAAUCAAUUAAAACACAUUUGGAAUCACUUAGUCCACAACAGCGUUAUGAUGUGGAUUCCAAGGCUGAAACUUUACACAAACAUUGGAUUGAGCUGAAAGAAUGGGUGCUAAAACGUGUAGAUUGUGUAUCUCUAUUGAUAGACUUUUUUGAACGUGCGAAUCGUUUAACUAGUCAGUUGGACAAUUUGGAUCGACAGUUGACGCAAACACCUGAUCAACAAAAACUGCAAUUUUUGCAGGAUGCUUGGUCGAAUAUACGCAGCGAUUAUAGUGAUCUGAAAACUGCUGGAAAGCGAUUCAUAACGACAAAAAUAGUGGAUCCGUAUCUCGAGACGAAAUCCUCAACAGAAGCAGUCGAAGAAAUCCUCAACGGAUUUAGUAAGCGCCAAGUCGAUGUAACAACAAGUCUUGAAAAUUGGACAACACAUAUUGCGGAAAAGCGUGAAGUUGAACUAAUUUUAGAGAAAAUUAUGAGUGAUAAUGAAGAAACCGGCACAAAAACUACCAAGCUUGAUACACAAAUUUAUCCGAUAUUUUCUUCACCAUCCAUUGAUGCAAAAUAUUUGCAAGCUGCCACACGUGAUAAACUCAAUAAUGUGUUGAAGGAUAUGGAAAAGGCCCAAGAUGAGAUACAACAACGCAUACACACUACAUUGGCUAUACAAACAACCGAUCAAGAAUCUCAACAAAAAAUUGAAAUAGUCAUAAGCAAUCUGCGUACGCUUAAAUCGAAACUGGAUGGUAUAAAAUAUGAUUAUAAAAAUCUACUGGAUAACAUAUUACAAUUUCUGGAGAAUAUAUUGCAACUUCGUCAUGAUAUUGAUAAUUAUUUUGCAAAUCAACGCAGCGAUAGUGGCAUCGAGCGCGUCAUAGCUGAACAUGAAAAAUUCCGAGAUUCGUGUAUGGAUAAAUUUAGAUCAUUGAUCACACAGUCUGAGUUGUUAAUCGAUCGUGUACGUGCGCUGGAACCGCCUGGUGCACGCGAAAUCGAUACUGAUCGCAUAUUGAAAUUAUUGGAGAAUUUGCGUUUUCACUUCGAAACCAGCAAUAGCGAAAGAAUGUCAAACUUGGAACGUAUGGAAAAAUUGGAGCAAUUUAAGAGUGAUUUAUAUGACAUCAAUCGCAGUCUGGACAGUGUGAGUAAACAGUUGCUAGAUAUCAAUGGACAAAGUGUCGACAGUUUGGCAGCAGCCAAGACAACUUCGUUAGCAUUUGAAUACUUCGAACGCACAAUUGAGUUGCUUGAAAAACGUAUAGAUAAAUUUACCGAAACGACUAGCCAACAACUGUAUGUCUCAAAUCCAGAAAGUGAAGAAUUUGUAACGAAUGAAUUAAGAAAGCUGAAUGAGAAAUGGCAAAUGUUUAAAGAACAAGUUAAAAGUAAACGUAACUCACUCAAUCAAGCAACAGAAUUCUUUGAAAUGGUAGAAAAGAUCGAAGCAGAAUACCGUGAAAUCAGUUACUUCUAUAAUAGUGUCGCAAACAAAAUCACAUACUUACGAGAUCCAAUAGAAGCAGCCAAUCUAGUGAAUGACAUAGAAAAAUAUGUUGCCAAUCGUGAGGUGCCCUUACGAGAAAAAUUAGAUAAUGCCUCGAAAUGUGCGUACGACAUGAAUAAAGUUUCAACAUUAUACAAUGAUGUGAUGGCUAUAUUCCAAGCGUUCAUUAAGUUAAAAUCAGAUAUUAAUAUCGUGCAAGAACGUCUUAAAAAUGAAGAACGUAUGCGUGAACAACGUGAGAAAGAAGCGCGAGACCAGGUUGAACGAGAAAGAUUACAACGUGAAGCUGAAGCAAGAGAAAGAGCAGCACGAGAAGAAGAGGCACGUCUGCAAGCACUCAGAGAACAAGCAGCACGUGAAAUAACUGCGCGAGAGCUAGCAAUACGUCAAGAAGAAGCACGCUUACAAGCUGUACGUGAACAAACUGCACGUGAACAGGCUGCUAGGGAACAAGCGGCACGCGAGGAAGAGGCACGUUUAAAAGCGCUAAGAGAAGCUGAAGAAUCGCGUCUACUUGCACUGCGAGAACGAGCAAAACAAGAAGAAGAAGCUCGUCUAUUAGCCGCAAGACAGAAAGCUGCACGUGAAGAAGAAGCCAGACUAAAAGCUUUGCGUGAAGAAGAAGCACGUUUACAGGCAGUAAGAGAACAAGCUGCAUAUGAAGAAGAAACACGCAUAAGAAUAUUACGUGAAGAGGAAAUACGUUUGAAGACAGUAAGAGAGCAAACAUUACGAGAAGAAGAAGCACGUCUUUUAGCCGCAAGAGAAAAAGCUGCGCGUGAAGAAGAAGCACGAUUAAGAGCAUUACGUGAAGAAGAAGCUCGAUUGAGAGCAUUAAGAGAAGAAGAAGCACGUCUGCAGGCAGCUAGAGAGCAAGCAGCACGUGAAGAAGAAGCACGUCUUAAAGCAUUACGUGAUGAGGAAACACGUUUACAAGCUGUAAGAGAAUUGGCAGCACGUGAAGAAGAAACACGAUUAAAAAUUUUGCGUGAAGAAGAAAUACGUUUGAAAACAGUGAGAGAACAAAAUAUGCGUGAAGAAGAAGCACGUUUACGAGCAAUGCGUGAAGCAGAAGAAUCCAAAUUACAAGCAUUGCGAGAGCAAAGUAAACGUGAAGAAGAAUCACGUUUGCAGGCAUUAAGAGAAUUAGCAAAAAGAGAAGAAGAAUCACGAUUACAAGCGUUACGCGAUGAAACAACUCGUUUGCAAACAGCACGUGAUAUUGUUGACCAUCAGCGUAUAAUAACCGAAAAUAUAAGAAAAGAUAUACAAAUUAAUGAAAUGUUUAGUGAGAUUAAAUACGCUUCACCGCAGUUCGAACGUGCGCUUAAGGAUGCUAUAACACGUGAAGGGGAUAAGAUCAUUUUUGAGUGCGAAGUCAAAGGUAGUCCGGAACCCAUGGUAGAAUGGUUAAAAGAUGGUAUAUCAAUACAAAACAAUACCGAUUAUAAAACUAGUUAUAACAAAGGUGUAUGUCGUUUAAUCAUUGAAGAAACUUUUGCAGCUGAUUCAGCUAAUUACACUUGUCGUGCUUCCAAUAUUGUUGGUACCUCUACCACUACGGCCAAUUUAUCGGUACGUGAAAAUGCUGCAGAAGUACAAAUGAUACCACCACGAUUUGUGCGUCAACUGGAAAGUGGCAAAGCAAUUGAAGGCAGUACUUAUCAAUUCUCAUGCGCAGUAAGUGGAAAUCCAUUACCGAUUGUCCAAUGGUAUAAGAAUGAUAAGUGUAUUGAUGAUUCACCGGACUAUAUAAUCAAUUACAACAAUGGUGAAGCUACCUUGCGAUUUGAAGAGGUGUUUUUGGAAGACGAUGCGGUAUACACAUGCAGUGCCUCAAACCCUGCUGGAAUUGAACACUGUUCUGCUAGCUUGCUGGUUGAACCUUUGGAACCUACAGAAUUACCUCAUUUCAAAAUACCGCUUACAAAUGCUAUGGCACGAAUAGGUCAAAAAAUCAAACUAGAAGCUUUAGUCGGUGGUAUACCACAACCUGACAUAUUCUGGUUGCACAAUGGAAAACCAUAUUAUCCACGCGAAAUUAAAUAUGAGUACGGACGUGUUACGCUAAUAAUCCCCCAAGCUUAUCCUAACGACGCCGGAGUUUAUGUAUUGACGGCUAAAAAUCUAGCUGGUGAAGCAUUUAGUUCGUGUAAUAUAAUCGUAAAAGGACGUUUGCCGAACGAAACAUCCGAUUCAGAAAUAGCUUCCGAUAUGGAGCCAAUUAAGCCUUCAGUACAACUACCAUUGAAAGAUGUUUCAAUAUUCGAGGGCAAGCCAGUUCGUUUAGAUUGUGUAAUUGUUGGUCAACCAGAACCUGAAGUUAUUUGGUAUCAUAAUGAUCGUCCAGUCAAAGAAUCUGCUGAUAUACAAUUACUUUUCCAAGGCGAUCGGUGCUCACUAAUUAUACAAGAAGUAUAUCAGGAAGAUGAGGGAAAUUAUAAAGUAGUCGCUAUUAAUUCGGCUGGUGAGACGUCUAGUAGCUGUGAGCUCAAGGUGACCCCAUUAAAUAUUGCCGAGCCAGCUACGCGCGCUCAAGCUGAAAGACAAUCGUUACCAAAAGAAAUACUGCCGAAAUUCGAAAAAUUUUUAACCGAUGUACUUGUAGAUGAGAACGAAACAGUUGAAUUGGAAGUUGUUGCUAGCGGUGAUCAGCCAUUAAAUGCGAAAUGGUAUCUAACCAAUAAGGAGUUAAUAGAAAAUGAGCGUAUUUCGACAGUUUCAAAGCCCGUAGAAGGUGUUUUCAAAUUAAUUAUAAAAAAUGUGAAUGCGGAUGAUAAAGGAGUGUACACGAUUAAAGUUACAAAUAAUGCAGGUGAUGCAAAAUGUUUUUCACAUCUUAAUGUAAAAUCAGUAAAUGUACCUGAAAAUCAACGUAAUCAGCAAAUUGAAAUUGUUGAAAAACUUACUUGUCCUGAAUUCAAAGAACUAUUCUCGGACAGAAAUGCAUAUAUUGAUGAAGUUGUUAAAUUUGAGUGCAUUGUAAAAGGAAAACCCACACCUAAAAUACAUUGGUAUUUCAAUGAUCAACCUGUGCAUGGUCAUAACUUUCUGGUAUCUACAAGUGGUGAACGACAGGUGCUAACAAUACAAAAAGCGAAUACAGAGUCAGUUGGUAAAAUUAGUUGUGUGGCUGAGAAUGAAGUAGGUAAAGCAUCCUGCAUAGCAUUUCUUAAUUUAAUGGGUACUGGAUUACAAACAGUGCCAGCGACAAGCAAUCUACAGACAAUGACACAAGAACAUAACACAGAAUCAUCACGUGUGACUAUUAAGAAACAAACGUUUACCACCACAUCAACAUCACAAGUUAAUUCAUAUGAAGGUAAUAUGCCUCAGACCGAAGUCCACCAUUCUUCUGCGCACAUAGAUCAAUCACUAAAACAACUUGGUAAUCAACGUCCAGAAAUAAUGGAGAGUCAUCACUAUCAAGAAUUGCAUAAAACUAAAGAUAUGUCAAGCCCCAGUGUGCAACAAAAAUCUUUUGUACUAGUACAAUCUGCAUCAAAUGGUACAACCCCAAGUUUGCCAGCCGUACCCGCCUCACCAACACGUAUACGCAAAGAGAUUGCACCACGGUUUACGACACCUUUGACAGGUAAAAUUGUAGAUCAAGGCACUGAUGUAAGCCUCGAAGCUAUUUACGAUGGUUUUCCAUCGCCCGAAAUCAAAGUUGAAAAAAAUGGCGAGCAAUUAUUUGAAAAUGAACGCAUGAAAAUUGCUAAUAAGUGUAAUCGUGUAACAAUUGAUCUAAAGCAAGUAGGCGUAGUUGACGCAGGACGUUACGCAGUCACAGCAACAAAUACAAUAGGUCAAUCGACAAGCACUGCAGAUUUAGUAGUUAAAAAAACAAUAUUCCCACCAGUUUUUGGGCGUCGUCUUCAAGCACAAGUAGUUAAAAGAGGAGAAAAAAUUAUAAUGGAAGUAGAAGUUACUGGCUUGCCAGAUCCUACUGUGGUUUGGAUGAAAGACGAUAAGCUAAUUAAUGAAGCUGGACUGUCACAACAUAGAUUGCUAUCACAAGGAAACUCCUACAAACUCAUUAUAGAAAAAGGAGAAACGAGUGAUUCUGGAAAAUACAUGGUCAAAGCAACAAAUGCUGGUGGUGAAGCUAAAAGUAUAGCUGAUUGCGCAGUUCUGGAACCAUCUCCAGAACGCUUGCAGGAAGUUGUAAAAACAAUUGUAUACGAAACUCCAACAGAACUAAAAACUGAAAACUUCACCAAAGAACCACAAUCUUUUCAAACAAAUCAGUCAGAAGUUUCCACUGCAUCCGAUUUGCAUGGCUUAUCUGAGUCGAAAAUUAUAACUGAGCAUCGUUGCACCACUGAAGCAACAAUGCGUCUAGAACACAAAUCAUCGUUCUUAGAUUUGCCUGAAUUGAGUCAACGCCCAAAAACACCUACCACUACCAACAACAAUAUAAAUAUCAAUAUCAGUGUACCUGCUCACAUGGAUACUACCGAUUCACAACACUUAAAGACGGUGUCAACCAAAAUCGGCUCAACACAAACCCCACCAAAAGUACCACCAAAGCCUCAUUCACAAAUUGCAGCUAUUAUUACACAACCCCAGCCUAUACUAAGCAAUGUGCAUAGUGACACAACAAUGAUGACAACAUCGUCUUCUCAGUCUGAAAUAAAUACAAACGAAAAAACGUCAUCAUCAUUUGAAUACUUCAAAAAGAUUGAUGCACAACAAAGUGUGCCACACGUUUUGGAUAUUAACAAAAAAAUUGACGAAUUACCGAAAUUAACUAUUCCUAUUGCCAUAAAACCCAAUGAAACACUUAUCAGUUCACAAGCUACACUAGCUGAUGAUCUCAAGAAUUUGAAUCUCAUACCGGGUUCACCACCAGAAAUAUGUUACAUCCCGAAAUCGAGUACAAUUAUUAAACCACCAAUGAUAAACGAAAAAAUAAAAAUAAUAGAAGAAUCUCAACAAAAUCAAAAAGAAGCACCGCAAGGUGGGGUACCUUUAUUACCACCUCCUCAAGCUUCGCAUACUUAUAAACAUGAAUCAACUAUGUCUAAAGAAGUCAAAGUGGAAUAUGGGCAACCCAUUAUUCGGCCAGCUGCAAAUUUAUCUUCGCCAGCCCAAAAUGCAAAUCGUUCACCUUCGCCUAAACCUUCAGCAGAAGGGCUAGCUAUGUCAAAACUGUGGACACCUAAUCUAACUAGUGGUUAUGAAAGUUGCACUGGUGAUGUGGAGCAGAAUAAAACUAUAGCUGAAACAAAAGAAAAAAUCAUUAAUGUACAAAAAUUGCCUACGCCUACAAAAGAGUUAAGUGCGCCAUUUCUAGUAAAACAAGCAACAAAAGCUAUAUCGAUUCCCAUACCAAUAAAGAAAGAAACAGUGCUUUUAGACGACAUACAACUUAAACCCGGUACACCACCCGAAAUAUGUAUUGCACCCAAACCCGAAGUUCGCCGACAAUCAUUAGUUGAAGCAAUGGAAAAAACAUUGGAACAAAACUUACAACAAGGUCCUUCCAAAGUUUUACCAAUGUCAGUACCAACAUUAACUCCUGCCACAUUGCAAACAAGAAUAAUACCAAUAAGACAACAAGAACCAAAACCGAUCUACAAACCUCCACCUCCUGUUAUACCGGCUCAAAUCACACGUACAGAAACAUAUGAAAGUGAUUAUGAGAGUGAUCGCUGGAAAUACAGUGGUAGUGAAUCAGAUGAGAAUACAUUUAGACCAAUUGGAGGUACGCAGAGACCAAAAUCAAUGGAUGGCUCAAUGGGAGUGCCAGUUCCACAACACACUUUCAAAAAAAGUGGAUAUGCCGCUGAUACCGAAGAUGUUACUACUUACAAAAAAAUGGAAUCAAUGCAAGAAAGUCGUUCAUAUUACGAAUCAAGCAAUAACAGAACGCAACCCCAACGAACGAUUUAUCAAACACCGCACUUAGAAAAACAACCUCCAGCACCAAUUUACUGCAUCAAUCAGAAUGGACACGACAGACAAGAGUUUUCGAAUGAAUAUACACGUGAAGAGAAGGACUACAAAUAUAGCACCAAUAUGUCCAGUAAUGUGUCGUACAAUACAUCUUAUGCCACACCAGCUAAAACUACAACUACACCAAGCCCUAUCGUAAGCGCUUAUAGAAAAACUCCUGCUGAAUUCAGUGAUUAUAACAGCGAAGUUGAAGAACGUUUCCGUUCCGUCUCACGUACUUCUGAAACAGACAUUAAAGGAUAUCGCGUUGUCUUCCCUCCAACACCUACACCAAAAGCAACUAUUACCAAUGGCCACAAGUCGCCAGUUGUGGUAGUAACUCCAUCGCCGAUGGAAUUCGAGCCAAAUCCACCAACUGUGGGUAGCUUUAACCGCCCUAAAUUCGAACCUAUCAAGAAAGAAAUAAUUCAUGAAAUUAAAAAAGAAUCUACGCAACAAAAACAUUACCAACAACAACAGCAACAACAUGUUUUUAAACCCAAACCGGUAGCAGCAAAAUUUAUAGCAGCAACUCAACAACAACAGCGUGAUUUUCAGACACAGCAACAGGCAAAACCCACACUUUACUAUAAUGCAAUAGCUGGCACACCAUUACAUACAGCCAAAAUGGCCACAGAAACCAAGAACGUUAUGCACAUGAAGGAGUCUUCAGAAUCAUGUCAACGUGUAGUAAAUAUGCAGCAAACCAAGCGGGUUAUACACUUUGAUAGUCAAAAAGAAGAAAGCUCUUCACUUGAACCUUUUCCUUAUACUGCCAGUCCAAGUCGCAUAACGCCUUCCCGACACUCUAGUGUACCGCCACCACCUACACCAACUAAAUUCAUACCAGGAGAAUUCCGUGAGAGUGAUUAUGAGAGUGAGGUGGAAAACGCGAAGAUACGUCCACUAUGGACACCGUAUGGAGAUGCUGGUGGCUUACGAUAUCGACACGUUGAACCACCACAACCAGGGCGAGCUUGUAGUGUACCACGCGCAUAUGAACGUGUUCUUUCUCCCAUGCAAUUUGAUCGUGGCCCUGAAAUGCCUUCUAAAAUACAGGUAGAUGCUAAUUCACUACGUAGGGACCGCAAUAUUAGUUCACAAAAUAAAACACAAUCGCUAAAUCGUCAUACUACUAUGCGUACUAGCAACUACAAUCAACAGUACCAAUCAAAUUUACAAGAGCAGCCACGAUAUGUGCCCAGCUUUCCACGUGACGAUAUGAACUUAAGAGUUGGGUCACCACCGAAAUAUGGUUAUAUUCAAACACAGGCAGAUACACAAGCCAAGCGUAUGGGCAGUACAUUCUUGCAAAAAUCACACCAGUUUAUAGAGGAUAUAACUAGCGAUUUACAGAAAACUACAACAAAAACGACUUCCAAUUUAGUAAAUGGUACAAAUGCUGAACCAAAAGUUAUAACACAUGCUUUUAGACCUGGUUUCAAACGUGCUCCCAGUGAAGGGGAUACUAGACCACAAGCCUACCGUGAUGAGUCAAGAGUUUCACAAUACGGUACAAAGUGUGUAGAUCCUAAUACUGGACUUAUAUACUUUAAAUACGAUUUCGGAUAUGAAUUUGGCAUUUUAUUUCCUGGAGAGGGUCGAAAAUUUGUGGGGAACCAAUGGAAUUCAUCCGCCUCGUCACUGCCAACAACAAAUCAAAAUGCUAUUGCUGGCUCUGGCAGAAAAUCACCUUAUCCACUUAAAACACCUGGUGGCAGUGAUUUGAUUAUACCAGUACAACACGAACGUACUAAAGAUGCACGCACACCAAUUACAAAGCCGCAUUACAAUAUGAUGGGUUCUAAUUCUAGUUUGCAUGCUAACUCUGAUACUGAACAUUAUCGCAGUAGCCCAACUGCGGGGUACAGUGGAGUUAACAAAUUUAAGAAACGUUACAGUCUGCCCAAUACUCAAGCGAUUGAUAUCAAUAUUGAUCGUUUACAUAAAAAUGAUGGGUUGUCAAAUUUACCAUUUAUACGUACAGUACCGGAACUGCCAUCAGAUAUACCAGUUAAUGCGCAUCUAAAUCGGGAUGAGCACCCGAAGAAGCCACCACAAUUCAUAACGCCACUGAAGGAUAUUGCAGCUACCACUGGACGUACAGCACGUUUUGAAUGCAUUGUGCAAUGUCACCCACAACCGAAUGUAACUUGGUCGAAAAAUGGUUACGAAUUAGAAGACAGCAAUAAACAUAUACUCGAAUAUAGAAAUGGUGUUUGCCGUCUAACAAUGCCACAAGCCUAUCCAGAUGAUGCUGGUAUUUACUCAUGUACAGCAAUAAACCCAUUGGGAACGGCAACAACGUCUGGACAGUUAUUAGUAUCCGGCACCCAACGUCUCGCUAGAUAUUAAAUAUUAUUAUUAUAUUAUAAGUACGAAUUAUUUUUUGCCAAAUAUUAUAUUAAUAUAACAAUGUUUUUUCGAUAAAAUUAUAGAGAGCAUAAAAGAUAUAUUUUAUUCAUAUUUAUCUCAAAUAUUUCCUUUUCCCUUUAAAUUUUUAUUUUAAUUUCGAUGUACAAGAUGGAUGCUUUUUAUUGAAAAAAUCUGGUGUUACCUAUACUCUCAAAUGAGCCGAAUUCAUUGCAUAAAAAUAGUAUUA